GAGGACCACGUUUGUCUGUGUGGUGCAGCCAGCCAGAGUGGAGAGUACGAUGAUUAUAACUUUGUCACUCGUAUGAAUGCCUUCAUACUUGUGUAGAAUUAAAUAUGGCUUUUUCAUUUGUAAUAAAAUACAAUAGGUUUUGAUUGAAGAAUAUAAUAUAGUUAUAUAUGGUGUUGGUGAAUGUUAAAAGGUAUGUGAUUAGUGGUUGCUGUGAAUGUUGGCAUAUGUGAGAGGGCGGGGAGUGCGCAUGCGUUGUGGGUGCGGCUGUGGCGGGAGAUCAGCUGCGAGGAGUUGUCGCGCGCCGGCUGUCUAAACACUGUGGCGACCUCCUCACACCUCCCAGUGUUUCUCACCUUCAAGUGCAAUUAAUACCUUUGUCUAAGGUAACAUGGUGUCCAACAAGGAAAGGGAAAUUAUCAUUGAUGCCAUACGUGUUCUGCGGUCGCGCCGCGUGAGGCCGAGUGCUCGGAAAAUUGCAUGGUAUGUGAGGCGUGAACACCUGCUGUCGGAGUUGACGACGGAGGCGGUGCUGGAUGAGCUAGUGGAAAGUGAGGAUGUGUUGCGAGUGGAGUACAAGGGAGCCACGUCAUACCGGGUGGCAGCUUCGUGGUCCAAGGCUGCCAUGGUCCGCCGCCGGCCCACACGCACUAAGGUUAAUGUUAUGAACAGUGAAUCAACUUGCCGCGCCCUGCGGCUGGCUGUGGAGUCCUGUGGCCCCGGCGGCGCCAGCAAAGAACAGAUUGAAGAAAAGCUUAUUGCAUGCGGCCAGAACCGCCUUGUUGACAAACUGGAGGUGUUACUCCACCGGGAGAUUCGUGCCGGUACACUUUUGCGUGUGGAAACUACCCACCGCACUGCCACGCUCAUUACAUACGUGGUUCCUGCUGACGCCCCCGCCCCUCCGCCCUCACCGCCUCCGCCCUCACCCUCACCCGCUCUCGAGUAUGACUACGCUGAUGACACUGAUGCUGCUGACAUGAUGGAGUACGUGGAUGACGAGGAAGUAUCUCAUGAUAUACUGGCGGCGGUCAGCUUCGUCGACAUCAAGGAAGAGGGGAUGGAGGAGCAGCUUAUUUUAUCCCAGUCAUCAAGGGAGUCUGGCCAACGCGGGCUGAGCGUGCGGCGUGGGCGUCGCGGGCGGCCCUCCUUAAAAAACUAUACCAUCCCUCCAUCCUCGUCUAAUCGAGGCCGGGCCCCGUCCCGGCGCAACAAG